AUGCCUGCAAUAGGAGAUUGUUCAGAGCAGCGUCAGUUCUCCUCCAGACCCAUUUUUCCUCCAAAAUCUGCACAUCUAUUGAAGUUGCAGGAAUGGCUACAGCUUUACCAGCUGCAGGGCACCAAGCUUUGGUUCUUCCGCUGCUGCAGCACGAGAACCCUGAGGCCUCAUGAACAUGCCGAGCCUCAUCAGACUGCCGUGAACAUCCCAGCUGAGCCGCCCAACGACAACAUCAUCUGGGCUCUCGUUUCCUUUGUGCAUGAAAAUCCGUUCCGCCUGGGACUGGUGGCCCUCCUCUACUCCUUAAAGGCCAGAGACAGGAAGGUGGUCAGAGAUCAGGACGGAGCCAGACGUCACGCCUCCACCGCUCGCGCUCUCAACAUCGCGGCGACCGUCCUGGCGUGUGUAGUAGUUGCUGUUUACGUUGUUUACGUUGUUGUAAUCUUUGCCAUGAUUAAAUGA